AUGUCUGUUAAGUUACGCUGUUCUAGAUAUGAAGAAGAAUAUUAUGAAUGUGAUCUGAUCAAUAAUGAUAUUCUUCAUUUCACAUCGAGAACGCGAGCUGACAAGAUAUUUACAGCUCUGGCUAAUUGUUGGUUUAAAUCAUCGGCGUUAAAAUUAAAGGUUUGUAAUGAGAAGGAGUUGGUAUCGACAAUAAAGAAUGUAAUUGAUAUUGAAGGAUUGGAAGAUGAUAUUGAGAUUGUUAAUUAUUCAUCUGAAAAGUUGCUUUUAUCAGGAAUAGAAUAUAAACGUGAGGAAUUGGAUUUUUCUAUUGAUAAUGAUGGAAUCAUGUAUAACAAUGAUCGAAUUGUUGAGAAAAAAAACGUCGAGCUUUUGAUAAACAAGCGAUCUUUUCUUUCUCAAGGUCGAAAGAAUGAUCCUAUUGUUAUUGAGGAUUCUGGUGAGACUGGAAAACAGGAUAUUGGUUCUGGUUCUUCGACAAAUGUUUUGAAGAGAAAGAAUGACGAUUUACCGAAUUAUGAGCAAGUUGUAAGAGAGAAAAAACAAAAAAAUUAUCAACAAGUGGAUGUUGAUGAACUUGCGUUACUUUACAAUACUCUUUAUAAAUAUUUGCAAGAAAAAUUUGUGAACCAAUACUACGUGAAGAAGAUCCUGCAAGAUCAAACAAUGAGAACCAUGAAGAGAAGUUACAACUCCGAUAUCGAACUUGUUGAUGAUAAACCUACGCAUCUUGUCACUAAAGCGUUGAAACCAUAUUUUGAACGAAAAGGUAAAAAGGUGCAUUAUUUUACAGAGAUGUCAUUGAAGCUCGAAGAGGAAUUGAAGAUUUUUUACACCGAUAAGAAGAAAUAUGGCUUCAUGUUUCAGGAUCGGUUGUUGGAAGAGUAUCAAAACUCUUUGUUGGAGGUCAGCAAUCUAUUACGUGAAUAUGAUGUUGUUGUGAUAGACAGGACACAUUUAGACACCGAAAUCUUCACGUAUCUCGUUAUUUCUGAUCCAAUGAGGUUAGAUUAUUUGAACUUGAGGCGUAGUUCUAUAGUGUAUGAUCAUGAUUUUGAUCAUGUGAUUUAUGUUCGUUGUGAGGAGAAGUUGAUGAUUGAGAGGCAGAAGAAACGUAAUCGCGAGGGUGAAAAAUGCAGUGAGGAGUAUUUACGGGAUGUAUACAGAGCCUACGAAACGUCAAUAUUUCAUAUGUAUCCUGGUCAUGUGUUGUUCGAUAGUUCCAAAAAGUUGAGCGAGUAUGACACAGAGAUAGAUAUGAAGACUGGUGGUGUUUUUUUCAACAUCAAAUUGGUCGAUUCAACUCUUAUUCCUAACUACAUUUCUAAGUUGAAUCCAGAAAGUUACGAGACUAUCUGUAGAAAAACAUUUGAUUCUGAACAAGAAUUUCUCAUGUUGCGUUUGUAUUAUAACAAUCACAAGUCGAGGAAGAAUGCAUUAGAUAAGAUCGACGAUAUCGAAAAGGAAUUAAAUUCAAAAUUAUUACGAAUAAAUCGUAUACGGGAGGGAAAAGAAUUAGAUGAGAAUAAUCAAAAAAACAUGUUGAUUUCAAUGAAAAGGAAAGGCGAGAUCGAAAUCAAAAAGUAUGUUGGUGGUUUGGUUAUACCACCAAAGAUGAUGAUACCGAUGAUUGAUGGAAAGAUGUAUCCAGUGGCAGAUUUAGAUUUCAAUUCCAUGUAUCCCAACGUGAUAAUCACAAAGAACAUCUCAAGGGAAACCAAGUUGGAUGAAUCACAGUACGAUGAUUCAAACAUCGUAACCGAUGGUGUUUACGUUAUCUCUGGGUUUAAACCACAUGAUGGUGACAAGGAAAAAUUUGGGGUGAUGCCAAAAAUCUCAUUAGGAUUGUUAAACGAUAGGAUAGAAGCAAAAAAAAAUAUAAAAGAAGCAAAAAAAGCAAAUGAUUUUAUUUCUUUGUCACGUUACGAGUCCUUGUCGAAUGCUUUAAAGGUUGUGGAAAAUUCAUUAUAUGAAGUGAAUGGGUAUGUGUUUUCACCAUUAUACGAUGAGAAGGUGGCAGCAUCGAUAACUGGAUUUCCAUGUUGGUGUUUGAGAAAGGUUAUAGAAUUCUUGGAGAGCAUCGGGUAUUCGUAUGGUGAAGAAGAACGUUCCAAAGUUUUACAAGAUGGUUGUCAAGGAGAUGAUAUGUACAUCAGAAGAACGGACUAUCGGGAUGACAUGGAAAUGUUCGAUUUGUCGGCAAGAUUCAAUCAAAAGUAUCAAAGAACACGUGUCAAAGACUUUUGGAAUAUGGAGUUGCACAGGCCGAUUUCUAAGAAGGGCAAUAAGUCUUCGAUAAAUUUCGAGGCGGAUUUGGAUAAACACGAACGGAUGUGUUUGCGUGAAUUGUUUGAUCCAUUAAAACACAAGAUUGACAUCCUCUACUACUUUGAGAGUUUGAAGGAUGUGAUCGCCAGUCAGGUUUUAACAGAUGGAUGUGCUCCAAUAUCUUUGUUGAAACGAAAACAUGACGAAGACCCAAUUUAUCCUUCAAAAAAAUUCUCCAAACCCUCUUCAGGGUUAGGGUUGAUCAACAAACGAAAACGUGCUGAUGUUGAUGAGAGACAGAUGAAGAUCGAUAGCUUUUUCAAGCGAAUUAGGACUGCCGAUAAUUCAAAUUCAAACAAUAUUAUUGUAAAUUCAGUUGUAAACUCGGAUAAUAUGGUUGUAAAUCCAGUUGUAAAUUCAGAUAAUAUUAUUGUAAAUCCAGUUAAAAUUUCAGAUAAUUUUAUUAUAAAUUCAAAUAAUGUUAUUACAAAUUAUGUUUAUUCGGAUGUUUGUGAAGGAGGAUAUGGGUGUUCUUGUAUAGGCAGUUCUAGAAAAUCUGGUCGAUAG